AUGGAAGAAUAUGAGAUUGUAUGCAGAGAGCUAGAGAAGGAAAAUGGACAGGCAUAUGCAGAUUUAAUGGACAAGAACCCAAGCAGAUUCUGUAAGGCUUUUCUAACACCUGUACAAUGCUCUGAUGCCAUUCUUAACAAUGUUUGUGAAUGUUUCAAUGCCUAUAUUCUGGAGGCAAAGAGUAAACAUGUGAUAGACAUGCUAGAUGAAAUGAGAACCACACUCAUGGAGAGACUUUAUAGAAAGAGUGUAGACAUGAAGAGUGCUGGGAUCAAUUCAACUGUGUGUCCAAAAGUGAGGAAAAAAUUGAAGCUAUGGAAAUGGGAUUUGACUGGCAUCCCUUGUCUUCAUGCAUGCGCAGUUAUUCACUUCCUCAAGCAUAAUGUUGAUGAUUAUGUCCAUGAAUACUUCUCAUUGAGCAAGAACAAGUUGGCCUAUGGAUAUGGGUUACCAGCAUUAAAUGGGGAGAAGCGUUGGCCUCCUGCUGAAGGGUACCCGGUUGUACCUCCACCUGAUAAGAAGAUGCCCGGUAGGCCCAAGAAGGUGAGAAUGAGGGAUCCAUUCGAGAAGGAUCCAACCAGACCCAAUAGAAUGAGGAAGAUAUGUGUGCUGACAUGCCAGAAGUGUUUCCAAGAAUGCCACAACUCCAGAACUUGCAAAAUGAUCCAGUUGAAGUGCAACCUAAGCCAAAGAUAA